AUGGACGAACGACGUCUCUUGACGGAUGAGGAGGAGAGUGGUCCCUUGAGGGAGCUGUUGAGGCGCCACGGGCGGCCUACUUUUAAUGCGCCUCGAGAAUCGCAGAUACGGAAUGAGGAGGAGGAGAGUGGUCUCUUGGCAGAGCUGUUGAGGCGCCAGCGACAAGUUGAAGAAAACCCCAUCAUAGCAGCCGUCAUGGACCCGCCAAGCCCACGUGUUGAGGUGCCUCGAGGCUCGAAUGAGAGCACUGGCCAGCCGCUGUUGAGGCGCCAGGGACAGCUGGAGGAACUCACCAUGGCGCCUUGCAUGCAUCAGCGUCGGCUGCCUGUGAAUCCCCAGGAGCCCGUGCUGUCUCCGUCCCAUUCACAUGCUGACGUCCCUGCGCUGGAGGAGGGCGGCUGUUUAGGUGCAACCGGGGAGGGAGGGAUGGUGGAGGGGAUGAUGAUGCUGGAAGCUUUGAUGUUGCAGGAUGGGGGGAUGCAGGGGGGAGGGAUGAUGUGGGGUGGAGGGAUGAUGCAGGAGGGAGGGAUGAUGGAAAGUUCUUCUUUUGAGGUGGCUCUAAAGUACAGAGCACAGGAGGGGCAAGGGAGCAACAGCAUGGACCCUGCAUUGCCAGGCGACCUUACCGGGCCAGACAGCCCCUGCCUUAACUCGCAGGAGGAUGCGUCUCUUCCAUCCUCCCCACCACCAACCCCUGCUCCUGCUGCUGCUGCUGCUGCAUGUCCGCCCCCUGCUUUCUUCACACCCCCCGCUCCUGGUGUUUGCUGCACGCCUGCCUGUGCUGGUGCUUGUUGUUCACUUUCUGCCACUCCUAGUGCGUGUCAUGAAGGAGAAACGGGUCACACCGUGACAGUGCAAGAGCCUCCUGCCACGUGGACGUCCCUGAUUGGUUCGGAGAAGUUUGCUCCUUCCUCUUCUUUCCCCUCCCCCUCCUCUUCCCCUCCCCCUCCUCUUCCCCUCCCCCUCCUCUUCCCCUCCCCUUGUGGGUACGUGUGUGUCGGUUAG